GGGCAUUAAAUAAAAUUAUUUAUUAGUUAAAACCGCUUUAGUCAUACAUUAUUCAGAUGAAUAUUAACGCGUCCCGAAUAUUAGGAUUAGUAAUAGUGCUGUCUACAUUGAACGUUCGUGCGUACUACAUACUGAGAUGUGCGGGGUUUUAAGUACGUAGUAGGCGUCACGCGCUCCUGCGUAAGCGGAAGCUACGUCUCAUCUACUGCUCGACUGCAGCAAACAUCUGGCCUCAUCAGCUCUCCAGACGGGACAGCUAUAGAGACUAAUACAUGAUUGUAAGUCCAUUCAGGAUGCCUGGAUCACUCCCUGCUGUUUGUGAAGCUGCGUGGCCCAAGGAUGUGGGAAUCAUGGCUGUGGAGGUGUAUGUGCCCUCUCAGUACGUGGAGCAAGCGGAGCUGGAAGAGUUUGAUGGGGUCGGAGCGGGGAAAUACACGGUGGGGCUGGGCCAGGCGCGCAUGGGCUUCUGCUCGGACCGGGAGGACAUCAGCUCUCUGUGCCUGACGGUGGUGCAGCGGCUGAUGGAGCACAGCGGCCUGUCCUACCAGAGCGUGGGCCGGCUGGAGGUGGGCACGGAAACCAUCAUCGACAAGUCCAAGUCCACCAAGACCGUCCUGAUGCAGCUGUUCGAGGAGUCGGGCAACACUGACGUGGAUGGAGUGGACACCACUAACGCCUGCUACGGAGGAACCGCCGCGCUCUUCAACGCCGUCAACUGGGUGGAGUCCAGCUCCUGGGAUGGCCGUUAUGCUCUGGUUGUUGCGGGUGACAUUGCUGUGUAUGCCACGGGCGGCGCCAGGCCGACAGGAGGAGCCGGAGCCGUGGCCAUGCUAGUCGGACCCAACGCCCCUCUGGCCUUCGAGAGAGGGCUUCGUGGGACACAUAUGCGACAUGCGUAUGAUUUCUAUAAGCCAGAUAUGGUGUCUGAGUAUCCAGUGGUGGACGGCAAGCUUUCCAUCCAGUGUUACCUCAGCGCUUUAGAUCGCUGCUACUCCAUCUACAGGAACAAGAUCCAUGCCCAGUGGCAGAGAGAGGGUCUUGACAAGCGUUGCAGUCUUGCAGACUUCGGCUUCAUGGUGUUCCACUCUCCUUACUGUAAACUGGUGCAGAAGUCUUUGGCUCGACUAAUGCUCAACGAUUUCCUCUGUCAUCCCAGUCCAGACACAGAGAGCGGGCCCUUCAGCGGACUGGAAGCUUUCAGAGAUGUGAAGAUUGAGGACACUUAUUUCGACAGAGAUGUGGAGAAGGCCUUUAUGAAGGCCAGCUCAGAAGCGUUUGAGAAUAAGACAAAGGCGUCUCUCCUUAUAUCAAACCAGAAUGGUAACAUGUACACACCAUCAGUGUACGGCUGCUUGGCUUCGGUUCUCGCUCAACAUACACCGCAGCAGUUGGCAGGACAGCGAAUCGGUGUGUUUUCAUACGGCUCAGGCUUUGCUGCUACGCUCUACUCCAUCAAAGUCACACAGGACGCUACACCUGGAUCCUCUCUGGAUAAGUUGGUCUCCAGCCUGUGUGACUUGCAGGCCAGACUGGACUCUAGAAAGAAGGUUUCCCCGGAUGUUUUUGCUCAGAACAUGAAGCUCAGAGAAGAAACCCAUCAUUUAGCAAACUACAUCCCUCAGGGCUCGGUAGAGGAACUCUUCCCAGGAACAUGGUACCUCACUCGUGUGGACGAGAAGCAUCGCAGGCAGUACGCCAGGCGCUCGGUGAGCGAUGACAGGCCGCUGGAGGCCGGACUCCUCACUUCCAGCAAUGCAGCCGAGCAUAUUCCCAGUCCGCUCAAGAAGAUGCCCCGCAUCCCAACCGCCACAGCUGGCCCUGAGGUGCUCGUCAUUAGUAACGGGGACCAUUAAGCUUCCCUCCGUGAGGUGCAAACCAUGGCAGAUCACAUUGAGGACACUGAUCUGUAAAAACGACACGCUAAAAAGGGCCCCAGGACUUCUGCAGCCAGAUCACUUAUCACUGAGUGAUGUGAAACUGUGAAUGUUCCAGGACAGACUCACUGUAGUUUGGAAAUUAAGUGUUUCUCUGUGGUGAGCUCCCACAAACUGCUGCUCACAGUCGUCUAUGCAGAAAUCCGGACUUGUUUCUUUCUUUUAAGUCCAAAUAUCUACCUGUUGGCUUUUCACAAGCUCCAUGCUGUCUUUUUUUAAACAUUAAACUAACCCCAUCAUUUAAAAGAGACGUUUAGGAGAAAACAUGGAUGUCUUGAAGAAGAGCGUCCCUCGUUGUUUUUAACUGAUCUGUUAGACGCUGUCUCUCUGUCCUCUUCAGCUGACAGCUGUCUUGUUUUUGCUUUUAUAAAACUCCCCUCUAGUCAGUCUUAUCACCGUGGCCAUGUCAGAGAAAUGUGCCUGGAUCACAUAUUAAUGAGCCAUAAGCUUUACAAGUUUUAAUAACAUUCACCUGUUUAGUAAUAAUUGUUUAGUCGCUGCUAAAAGGGCUUCUGUUAGCAUUUAUGUCCUUUGAAACGAGAAUCAUUUAUUUGAUUUUCAUUCUAGCCAAAGUAGAUGGUGUUCGUUUAUAUGAACUCAAGACGAGGAAAUAAAGUCAUGACAAUUGUAUAGAGGAUAAAAACAUGAUGAUAACUUAGUGGCAAUGUGUUAAAGCUAUGAAAUAGUAUAAUAAUCAGUUAAACUGGUAACAUCUUUUGGACAAAAGACAGUUUUGAUGAUGAAAGUGAGAAAGAGCACUAUCUGAUAAAUGUGAGCCAAAAUCAUCACAAUUAAAAGAACCAAAGACUUAAA